AAAUGCUUGUUUACAAAGAAUAUGAGAUUUUCCCCCAAAUUACAAGUUUGGCCAUAGGUUCCCACCCAGUUCUCCUGUCUGCCCGAUUCAGAAUCCCCUCAAAUUUGCAAUAUUCCCACGCAAAAUAUCCUCUCCGCUCCCGGAUUACGAAAUGGCUGAAGAAGGAGAAGAGAAAGAGGCCAAGCAAGAAGAGCAAGAGGAGGAGGACAUCGAAGGGGAAUCAUCAGCUUCUGAUUCGUUCAUCGACGACGGAGACGACGAUAAUGAAGCAGCUGCCGAAGAAGCAGAAUUGCUUCCUGAGGAGCCUUUGACGGAAGAAGAAAUCGAAGAGCUCAUUGCUGAACUUCUAGAAGUCGAAAGUAAGGCUGCAGAGGCCCAGGAGGCCCUAGAGCAAGAGUCACUAGCAAAAGUGGAGGCCGAUGUUAGGACAGAGUUAGCUCGAGAUCUCACUUCGGAUGAUUUGGAGCUUGCUGUUGCUGAAGAAAUGAAGAUAUAUAAACAAGAGUGGGAAAGUGAGCUCGAUGAACUGGAGACAGAAAGUGCUCAACUCUUGGAACAACUUGAUGGUGCUGGGAUCGAACUUCCAAGUCUUUAUAAGUGGAUUGAAAGCCAAGCUCCUAGUAAUUGCCGCACUGAAGCAUGGAAAAGGAGAACUCAGUGGGUUGGAUCUGAGGUGACAAGUGAUUUUAGUGAAGUGGUCACUGAUGCUGAGAAAUAUCUUGAUAUUCACAGACCUGUGAGAAGAAAACAUGGUAAAGUCCUAGAAGAAGGUGCUAGUGGGUUUUUGAGGAGAAAACUUACAGGACAUAUUGGCCAUGAAGGAUUGGACACAGGUGUAGAUUGGUGUUCUUUCAACAAAUUAUGCUCUGAUAAGUCAUCUUUGGAUAAUGUUUCAUUUGGAAGCAAUCAGUGGGCUUCUGUUUACUUGGCUAGCACUCCACAGCAAGCUGCUGAGCUGGGUUUAAAAUUCCCUGGAGUAGAUGAGGUUGAAGAGAUUGAUGAUAUUGAAGGUGAUCCAGUUGAUGCUGUUAAUGCAGAUGAUCUAUCUGAAGAGCAGAAAAGAAAAUUCAGGAAGGUCAAGGAGGAAGAUGAUGUCAAAAUUGAUAAGAAGCUUCAGAGACGAUUGAAAAUGCAUAGAAACAGGCAGAAAUCUGAAACAACAGACCAAGUCACUGGCGGUGACCAAUAUGGUAGUUCUUAUCCGGAUUUGGAAACCCGAGGACACGGAUGUCAUAUUAUUGACAUGGAUAAGGAAAAAUGCAAUGGAGAUUUGUUAGUUGUUGAGGCCAGAGGAUCAAAACGCCAGCGUGAAACGGAUGAAUCUGAUGCUGAAAAUAAAAAGCCUCAGGUUAUUAUUGUAGAUACUGAUGAGGAAGACGGAGAUCUUUCUGUGGAUAGAUCUUCUCCAGCAUGUACUAUGAGUAAGACGAUGGAUCAAUGCAAUUCAGAAGGUUCUAAAGUUGAUAUGUUAUCUUCAGUUUUUCGUUGCACUGCUUGCAAUGACGUUGCUAAUGAAGUAUAUCAGCAUCCACUUCUGGAUGUUAUUGUUUGUUUGGAUUGCAAAACCUUGAUGGUAGCAAAGAUGAAGGAUGUUGAUUGCUCAGAGUGCUACUGUAGAUGGUGCGGACGAAGCAGUGAUCUAUUAAGUUGUAGGCUGUGCAAAACAUUAUUCUGUAGCCUAUGCAUACAGAGGAAUCUUGGUGAGGAACUUCUGUUGGGAAUUAAAGCAUCUGGUUGGGAAUGCUGCUGCUGCUCACCAAAUAUUCUACAAAAGUUGAGCCUAGAAUUAGAGAAAGCUAUAGAAUCUCGACAAAUAGAAGCAGAUGAUUCAAAUUCUGAUUCUGAUUCCGAUUCUGAUUCAGACAGUUCAGAUUCUGAAGCAAACACCCAGACCAGUACUAAAAGAAGGCAGAAGAAGAGAAUUCGCAGAAUCCUUGAUGAUACUGAAUUAGGAGAAGAGACUAAAAGGAAAAUUGCAAUUGAAAAGGAACGCCAAGAGCGCCUGAAAUCGUUGGAAGCACGAUUCUCCAACAAAGCCAGGAUGAUGAGUUUUGGAGAUUCAAGUAAAAAGUAUUGUGAAAAUGGUAGUGCUGAGAUGCUUGGCGAUUCCAAGAUGGGAUAUGUUGUUAAUGUGGUGAGAGAUGAAGCUGAAGAGGCUGUUAGGAUCCCCCCCAGUAUGUCAGCAAAAUUAAAAGCCCACCAGGUUGCAGGCAUUCGAUUUAUGUGGGAAAAUGUAAUUCAAUCGAUUAAAAAUGUGAAGUCUGGAGAUAAGGGUCUUGGUUGCAUCCUAGCUCAUACUAUGGGUUUAGGCAAAACUUUUCAGGUAAUUGCAUUUCUGUAUUCUGCAAUGAGAUGUGUUGAUUUAGGGUUAAGAACUGCUCUCAUCGUCACCCCUGUUAGUGUUCUACAUAACUGGAGGCAUGAAUUUCUGAAAUGGAGGCCAACAGAACUAAAACCUCUUCGUGUCUUUAUGCUUGAAGAUGUUCCAAGGGAAAGAAGGGCUGAAUUGCUGCAGAAGUGGAGAUCUAAAGGUGGUGUUUUUUUAAUCGGCUACGCUGCUUUCCGGAACUUGUCUUUGGGAAAGCAUAUAAAGGAUCGUCAAAUUGCUAAGGAAAUUUGCCAGUCACUCCAGGAUGGGCCUGAUAUACUAGUGUGUGAUGAAGCUCAUAUAAUCAAGAAUACCAGGGCUGAUGUCACACAAGCCUUGAAACAAGUAAAGUGUCAGAGAAGGAUUGCUUUGACUGGGUCUCCUCUUCAGAACAACUUGAUGGAGUACUAUUGUAUGGUAGAUUUCGUCCGGGAAGGAUUUCUUGGCAGCAGCCACGAGUUUAGAAAUAGGUUUCAGAAUCCUAUAGAAAAUGGUCAAGACACCAAUUCGACAGAUGAGGAUGUGAAGAUUAUGAACCAAAGAUCUCAUAUUCUCUAUGAGCAAUUAAAAGGAUUUGUUCAGAGGAUGGACAUGAAUGUUGUGAAGAAUGAUUUGCCGCCAAAAAUUGUCUUUGUAGUGUCUGUUAAGCUUUCUCCUUUACAGAGAAAAUUGUACAAAAGGUUUCUUGAUGUCCAUGGCUUCACAAAGGACAGGGUUACUGGUGAGAAGAUAAGAAAGAGAUCAUUUUUUGCAGGAUAUCAAGCCUUAGCUCAGAUAUGGAACCAUCCUGGGAUAUUACAACUAAUGAAAGAAAACAGGGACUCUUCCAAGCGUGAAGAUGCUGUUGAAAAUUUUAUUGUCGAAGAUUGCUCAAGUGAUGAAAAUACAGACAAUAAUGUGAUUCCUUCAGAGAAACGAAACUUGAGUGAUCUCCCACUCCGUAAAGAUGCUACUGGUUAUCUUCAAGGGGACUGGUGGAGUGAUCUUCUAAAGGAAAAUAGUUACAAGGAGGUUGAUUACAGUGGAAAAAUGGUUCUACUCCUUGAUAUCCUGGCCAUGUGCUCUAGUGUCGGUGACAAAGUUCUAGUUUUCAGCCAGAAUUUGGCAACACUUGACCUGAUUGAGCGCUACCUUUCUAAACUGACACGCCCAGGGAAAAAAGGGAAGUUAUGGAAGCAAGGGAAAGAUUGGUUCAGGUUAGAUGGAAGAACAGAAUCUUCUCAAAGACAGAAAAUUGUUGAGAGGUUUAAUGAGCCACUGAAUAGAAGGGUGAAGUGCACUCUUAUAUCUACCAAAGCUGGAUCUCUCGGUAUCAACCUUCAUGCAGCUAAUAGAGUGAUUAUCGUUGAUGGAUCAUGGAACCCAACUUAUGAUCUUCAAGCUAUAUAUAGGGUUUGGAGGUAUGGACAAACAAAACCUGUUUUUGCUUAUCGAUUACUGGCACAUGGAACCAUGGAGGAAAAAAUAUAUAAGCGUCAGGUAACGAAGGAAGGCCUGGCUGCAAGGGUAGUUGAUAGGCAGCAAGUGCAUAGGACAAUGUCAAGAGAAGAGAUGCUGCAUCUUUUAGAAUUUGGAGAUGAUGAUGGAGUUGAUGUUAUCUCUGAGCUGGGAGGAAAUUUGGGUGAACUAAAUACUGCUGACCGUGUUGGGAGCUUUUUGAAACAGAAAUUGCCUCUUCCAAAAGGAGGCGUGUCUUCUGACAAGUUUAUGCAAACUUUGAUUGAAAGGCAUCAUCCAAGCUGGAUAGCACAUUACCAUGAGCACGAGACUCUAUUGCAAGAGAAUGAGGAGGAGAAACUAUCGAAAGAGGAACAAGAAAUGGCUUGGGAAGUGUUUAGGAGAAGCCUUGAGUGGGAGGAGGUCCACCGGGUAUCACAUGUUGACUCGGUAGCGGCAUUCGAGAGGCAACCCCAAGUUUCUUCAGUGAAUGAUAAUUACAGGAAGCCGCCUGUGGUUAUGUCACACCACAACCACCCCAAAGAAGAACCACCUCUUGUGGUGCGCGAUAGUGUUAAGCUGAGGCGGGCCAUUGAGGCAGCAAGAAACCGCACGAUGAUUCGGAAAUGCACAAACCUGACACACAUGCUCACGCUUCGAAGUCAGGGCACCAAAAUUGGCUGCAGUACUUUUUGUGGAGAGUGUGCCCGAGAGAUUAGUUGGGGAAACCUCAAUACUGAUGGCAACUCCACAAAGUGUUGAUGAAUGCUGCUCAGUUUUCUUUUCCAUUUUUUCUUUGGGGGCAGGGUCGCAUUGCUAACGCAUACUGAUAACAUUAGUGUAUAAAGGCAUGAUAGAUUUAUUUUACGCCUCAUCUGGCAUCACAGGGAUUCACAGUUAUGUUUUUUGUUUGGCAAUUCUAUAUUUGCUUCUUAACCUACUGUAAACAACAGGCUCAUGUGAAAAUUUAACAUGCUUGUGCCUUUUAACUAAGAGCUUGUAUUGUAGGGGGGUGGGGGCGUUCAAGGAAAGGAACUUUGGGAGGUCUAGUUUUUGUUUAGACCAUUUAUGAUAUUUGUUAGUAAUCGAUUAUAAUGUGACUCAUUAUAUGUUUUGCCAAAUGUUAAACCGUGC